ACCGACACCGGCGAGCCUGCUUCGACGCCACACGCGCCUCCACACGCAGUCCCCCCCUCGCCAUGUCUCAGACCGCCAAGUCCACUUCCAACCAGGGCGCCGACGCAAAGGACAACAAGGGAGGCGCGCCAGCCGCCGCCUCCAGCAAGGCCACCAAGACAGGUGAGCCCGGCCUGGGCACCUUCAAGCUGACACUGUUCGACCAGGAGAACUUCCAGGGCCGCUCGGUGGAGCUUCAGAGCGAGUGCCUGAACAUUUGCGAGCGCGGCCUAGACCGAGUGCGCAGCCUCAUUGUGGACAGCGGCCCCUUUGUUGCCUUCGAGCAGACCAACCUCCGUGGGGAGAUGUUCAUCCUGGAGAAGGGAGAGUAUCCUCGGUGGGACACCUGGAGCAACUCAUACCGCAGCGACUGCCUCAUGUCACUCAGGCCCAUCCACAUGGACAGCUUGGAGCACAAAAUCUGCCUGCAUGAGCUCUCCGACUUCAAGGGCAACAAGAUGGAAAUCCAGGAGGAUGACGUUCCCACGCUGUGGGCGCACGGCUUCUGCGACCGAGUGGGCAGCGUAAAAGUCCCGGGCGGAGCGUGGGUGGGUUACCAGUACCCGGGCUACCGGGGCUACCAGUACCUGUUGGAGAGCGGCGAGUACCGCCACUACAACGACUUCUCGGCCAUCCAGCCCCAGAUCCAGUCGGUGCGCCGCAUCCGGGACAUGCAGUUCCACCAGAGGGGCUGCUUCACUUUCACCAAGUGA